GUCCAUUCACCACCAGUAUUCCCCACUUGAUUAUUCCUCUCGCUCCUUUCGCUCUCUAUUCACCUCGCAUAAAGACUAUCUAGAUACAACAUGGGAGCAUUUCAGAGUAUGUUUUCUAGGCUGUGGUCGAAGAAGGAGGUGCGAAUAUUGAUUCUUGGCUUGGACAACGCGGGAAAGACGACAUUAUUGUACCGGCUGAAGAUCGGUGAGGUUGUGACGACCGUCCCAACAAUCGGUUUCAACGUCGAGAGUGUCACAUAUAAGAACCUGAAUUUUAACGUUUGGGAUACAGGUGGUCAAACCUCCAUUCGGCCAUACUGGCGCUGCUACUACGCUAACACCGCGGCUGUUGUCUUUGUGGUUGAUGCAACCGAUCACGCUCGCUUGGAGACGGCAGCGGAGGAACUACAGGCCAUGCUGAACGAGGAUGAGCUACGGGAAGCAGCAUUGUUGGUGUUUGCGAAUAAGCAGGAUCAACCGGGCGUUUUAGGUGCCGCGGAUAUCAGCGAAGCGCUAAAGUUGCCCAGCUUGAAGGAGAGGAGUUGGAGUAUCUUCGGGUGUAGUGCUGUCACGGGUGAUGGCGUCAACGACGGCAUGGAUUGGCUAGUGAAAACGGUCCAGGAAGCACAGUAGCAACAUUUAUAAUCUCAAGAAGCGUACAUACCUUAAACAGAUAGCAGGGCAAGGAAAGGAAACGGGCGGAUUAUAUCACCUAAUAGCAUAUUUCGAUCAGCUUUCCUUCUUUCGGCUUAUAAGGGAUUUCUACUUGUAUCCAAGAAUGGGAGUUAAUUUUGUUUUCUUAUGCUUGAUUAUUUCGGAUGCGGGUGUUGGUCAAUUACUGUAUAAUGGAGAAUACGUAGGAUGGGGUUCGGGUAGGGUUUAUGCGAGCUUGAUGGAGCAAACAAAUACAAAUAGCCAACGGGCAACACUGGGGGGAUGGCGAUAGAAGUCUCUAGAGUUUAGACCCAGCUUGCUAAGGCCUAUCAUAUUUUGUUUUUUCGUACUGUUGAAAAGCAGGCAUGCCAAGGGCAAAAACAAGUGAGACACAA